GAAGAUUCUAAGGAUGGGUUCACUCGACAUUACGCGACUCUUUUCGGUCAAGGGCCAUGUGGCGGUGGUGACGGGCGGCAGCAGCGGACUGGGCCUAAUGAUAGCAAAGGGCCUCGUCACGAAUGGCGCCAAGGUGUACGUCGUUGCUUUGCCAACGGGCCCGAUCGCUGAAGCUGUCAAAGAGCUCAACGAGUUGGGCGAGUCUUCUGGAGGAAAUGCGACAGGUGUGCCAUGCGACCUAUCGUCACAUGAUGAGAUAACAAAACUCGUAAAAUACGUUCAAGCACGCGAACACAGUCUUGACUUAUUAGUGUCGAACGCUGGUAUUCGGCGGGAUCCGCUGGAUCUUUGCGACCUCGAGACUGUUAACGUCCUCGAAUUACAAGCUUCAAUGCAGUCUUCGAGACCGACUGACUGGAAAGACACAUUUUCCAUCAACGUCACAGCACAUUAUUACCUGGCUGUCGCAUUCCUUCCCCUGCUGCAUGCUGCGGCUUCCCAUAAUGGUGACGACGGCUCAGGUAGUCGUCAAGGACGCGGCGCCAUGAUCAUGACGAGCUCAUGUGCCAGUAUGCACAACGUUACCAAUGUUGACCUGACGAGCUACGCUGCAAGCAAAGCCGCUACGGAUCACUUAGUGAAGCUUCUGGCUGCUAAGUUCAGAAAUUUCUAUGUUCGAGUUGUGGGUCGUAUGAAUCCUGUUGGAGAGGAAGGUAAUGUAUUUAAUUCCUUGUUCGACAAGGUUCCUGCCAAAAGAGCUGGUCAGGACGAAGACAUCGCCGGCGCGGUAAUCUAUCUCGCUAGCAGAGCCGGGGUAAGUCUCAAAUCUUCUCAUUGCUACAACCAUAACCCAAAGUUCGAACCUAUAAUGGUCUUCACAUGCGUUCUUCAUUCAGGAGCUGACCUUCGGACCAAGUCGUACGUUGACGGUAUAAACCUGUGCAUCGAUGGUGGCCGCAUUCUUGUGGCCAAUGGGCAGGAAUGA